AUGUCUUCCUCUUCUAUCACUGCCACAACCACCAUAACAAUUCAAAGCUCAGAGCCAUCAACCUCUUCAUCUCAGAACCAACAACAGCAACCUGAAGAAGUACUUUUCCUUCCCCUGAAUCGCAAGAAGAAAAAGGUCAGUUGGAAAGAGGGCACCGUAGACAAUGAGUUUAUGCAGAAGAAGAGUUCCAAGAAAUGCUGUAUCUUCCAUAAAGAGAGGCCCUUUGAUGAAGAUGACAGCGAUGAAGAUGAACAUCACUCUGACAAAUGCCCUCACGAUAGUGGGUUUUGCUGUAAGAAUCAUGAUGAAGCUGGCCCAAGUAGCUAG